GAUCACUAAAAACAUGGAGGUUUGGUGGACCUGACAGUAAACGUCUACCACUGUAGUUGUCUUAUUUGUAAAUUGUAACCUAUUAAUUUUGUCUAAUAUAUAGUAAGCCAUUAACUAUUGCGAAGUUCACGAUACUCGUUCGCUUUUCUUAAAAAUAUUUAAACGCCUAGCGCAUUUGUCACAAUUGUACAAUGGAUGAGUACGACGAACCUUCGGACGUUGAGAUGGUGCCUAUCGAGGAAAUAGAUAGAGUCAGAACAAUUUCAGCAACAGACUUGCAAAAUCAAAUGCAAACAUUAGACAGCCAAUAUGAAAAAUCUGUGAACACAUUUACAACGGGUAUAGAUAUAUUCAGUGAAGAGGAGAAAUUGAAGAUGGAAGAACGAGCGAAACGUUUUGGUUUAUUGGAGAAAGUCGAAAAAUCGCCAAAUCGAGAAGAGAAUUUAUAUAGCAGUAUGGGCAUCACGGAUGAUGGCGAGAAUGCAAAGAAUGCCAGAUUGAAUGUAAUCCAUAUGAGAGGAACAGAGGAUAUGAGUAGCAAAGAUGUAUUUAAAUAUUUCCAAGAUUAUGCUCCGAUGUCUAUCGAAUGGAUCAAUGAUGUUUCAUGUAACGUAGUUUGGUUUGACAAUUUAUCAGCAGCUAGAGCUAUGCUGGGAUUAUCCAAAAAAAUUGUAGGUAGUGUUGUUAAAUGUUCAGAUCGAGAAAACAAUUCUGAAAAUAGGAAAGACAGUGAAGUGACGGUUCAUGCAGAAAAUGAGUCUGUUGAUGUAGAUAAGGAUGGAAAGAAAGAAAAUUGUGUAAACAUUAAAGACAUCGAUUAUCCAUUACCUCCAGGUAUAUGGAGAAAGGGAGUGGAUUAUCCAAAGUCUAAAGGAAUCUUUCUAAGAUUUGCUACCAGGAUGGAUAAAAAGCCUGCCAAUGCAGAAAAGAGGAGUGAAUACUACAAAAAGUAUGGAAAUCCCAACUUUGGAGGUCUUAAAGGAAUUCUAACAGAGUCCCGUAAGCGUAUGUACAAGCAGAUCCAACAAAAUAAGCAUAUGUCAGGCGAAGAUGAUGAUCGAAACAAAACGAAAAAUCCAUGGGGCGCUUUGUCCGAAACAUGGGGUUUGAAUGAUGUUGUGGAAGAUGACUUUCUUCCAAAGAAUGGCGUUAAAGAACAAGUACGUGGUAUAAAGGAGAGAUUGGGUAUCAAAUGUAAGGACAAAGAUGUGGUACGAACGGAAGACUUGGGAGAGACUAGUUCAGGUAGCGAUAGUGACGAGAAUUGGUGUAAGCGGAGUAAAAUUCCCCGUAUGCGAAUGCACGCCGACGACGAGGAGGAGAAAUUACAAAAGCGACGGGCCAAACUCCGAUAUCAAAUGGUUCUCAACAAUCUAAAUAACAGUGGUGACUUACGAUCGAAAUUGGGAAGAUCAAAAACGAAAGCGCAGUUCCAUGAUCCCAUUCAAGUAGUGGUCACAAACACGAAUCUAACGAAAUCGAAACAUGAUAAUUCUGGAGUAAUUCGACAAGAUUAUCAAAAAGAAACACAAUUGUCGGAAAAAGAAGAAGGAGAAUGGCAAGAAUCGGAAGAAGAAGACAAUCAGGCAGAAGAAGGCAAGAAAGAGCAAAAGUAUGGACAAUGCACACUAAUAGAAGAGGAAGAGAGAGAAGGAGAAGAAGAGGAAGAAGAAGAAGAGGGCGAGCACAAGGAGGAUGAAGAGGAUAGUGGUGAAGACAGCAAUGUACCUGCAAAAGAAGUUCAAGGUCCUAAAGGAAGCGUGAUAAAAGUAGUCCCACCCAAGCCACGCAUUGCUUCCACUGUAUGGGCAAGAUUAAAUCAUGCAAAAAGCGAAACAAAUGAUAGCUAUUUGAAAAAUAGACAAUCGACGAGCCGCGACUUGAGAAAUACCUUAAAAGGUGGAGAUUUGCGAUCACGUAUCGGGAAUCAUACCAGAGGACGUUCUCCCUUGAGAAUAGAAGUGAAAAAUGAUAAAUAUGCAGAAGAUAAUAGUGAUGGAGAGUGAUUCUUAUAUGAACUGAUUGUUUAAAAGCUUGUAAAGAGUGCUCAUUAUCUUAAUGUAUUUUAAGACUUCAUUUUUUUAUUGGCUAAAGUGGAAUACAGAUUAUAUAUAUGUUUAUUCGAUUAUAAUGGAAUUUUUUUCAUUAUUAGAAAACUUUUCUUUUUAUGCAGAUGCAUAAUGCAGGGAGCAAGACAAAAGAUAUCAAUAUCUUUAAAAAUUUUAUUUUUUAUACUGUACAAUCAAUCUUCCAAUAAUAAUCAUUAUUAUUUCUAUAUUUUUAUGAGAUAAUGAAUGCUUUUAAUGAUAGUCAUGUAAAUUUGACAAAUCAUGUAUCUAUAAAUUGAUGUAUAUUUCUGCAAAGAAAAAAACCAGAUAACUAA